CAACAACAGUUUUUGUCGACAGACUAUCAAGAGAACUUUUCCAAUGUCAUUGUUAGAAACUCACACAAUACUACAAGUUUACCACAAUCUCCUCACGUUUAUCAGCAGAACCACCAGUCAUUCCAUCAUGCUCUCCAGUAUGUGAAUAAAAUAAAGAACCGGUUCCAAGGCAUACCUGAUGUCUACAAACGAUUCCUCGAUAUAUUGCAGUGGUACCAAAAAGAACAAAGACACUCAGAUCCUAUGUGUCGUAAACAGGCCGAAUUACAGGUUUACCAGGACGUUGCCAAGCUGUUUGAUGGCCAAGAGGAUCUACUUCAGGAAUUCAGCCAGUUCUUACCUGAAUCCUUUGGCGUUACGAGUGCUGUGGUAGGUUUUUACCGUUUAAGUUAUCCUCCUGUUUUGUAGACUGAAACGACGAUAAAUAGGAAGAACUCUGGCUAUUCACAACUCAGUGGGUCAGAUUUACUAGAUCCGUCUGUUCCAGUGCCUCAGUUAAUAAACCGUGUUUCAGAAGGCAUCAACCUAGCGCUGUCUUCUAGACAGCGACCAGGUCAAGAAGCUGUUCCUGCAAGUGUGGAUUCCAAAAAACUAAAGCGACUUGCUCCUGCACCAAAUGCUUUUCAGAACAGUGCCUCAGCAAUUAUUCCACCCAAGAAAUCUCGUUCUUCAGUACGAGAUGUAAGCAUUGUUGAUACAAAUCAACUGACCACAGGGAUUGGCGUGUCACUUUUGCAAAAGAUUCGAGAUGCUUUGGAUGCUGACAGUCCAGUAGGGAAUCGUUCCUACCAAACCUUCCUACAAAACGUUUGUUUAUUCAACCGUCGGAUAAUAUCAGCUGAUGAAUUGUUAGAAACGACACAUCCUCUAUUUAUAAGACAUGUAGACGUGUGGAGACGCUUCAGUGAUUUCAUCAUGUCAUCACGAAAUUCAUCCCAAGAAGGAUUUGGACAACUUCAGUCUCAUUCUCCUGCUUACUCCCGAGACAGACAUGAUCGUGACAAACAUGGUACUUGUAAUUUCCCAUGUGAUUCUCAUACAUGUCCUGAUUCUCUAUCCAACAAUAUAAACAAUCAACCGCCUACAUCAUUAGUCUCACUUGUAAGUGAAGUAUCUCAAAAAAGAUUGGAUUUGGAUUUCACUAAGCUCCGAAGUUGUGGUGUAAGCUAUCGAGCAUUACCAUCGAAUUUCCCGCAGAGCAAAUGUUCUGGUCGGCAAAAAUGCCCAGUUGCGAAAGAAGUGUUAAAUGAUUCGUAUAUCAGCUUCUCUUCGCUUACCUCCGAAGAUUCUCAGUUUGUAUCAUCUAAAAAGAAUCAAUAUGAAGAAAAUAUGUAUCGUGUUGAAGAUGAACGUUAUGAAGUAGACAUGGUUACUGAACUCAAUAGAGCUGCAAUGCAAAAUCUAGUUGUUGUUAAAAAACGUAUGGAUAGAUUAAAUAAAGAACAACUUAGUCAAUUCCAUAUGGAUGAUAAAUUAGGUGGAACAUCGGCAAUUUUAAUGCGAAAAGCUAUACACAGAGUUUAUGGUGAUAAAGCAGGUGAUGUAAUAUAUGGCUUAAAAAAUUGUCCUAAUACAGUACUCCCAUUGGUUAUACAACGUAUGCGUCAAAAAGACACAGAAUGGCGAGAAGCUAUCCGUAAUUAUCAACGUUCUUGGGCAGAUCAAGAUGCACGUAAUUAUUUACGUUCUCUGGAUCAUCAGGGUGCAACAUUCAAACAACGUGAUGCACCUUUCAUACGUAGUAAAACUAUGAUUAGUCAGAUAGAAUCUAUCGCCCGAAAUGAUAAGCAUUCAUCGUGUCAUUCUAGUUCAGAUCCUGUCGGUAAAAUGAUCUCUACUUUGCUAACUCAACAAAAUUUUAUUUCUCGUGAUAUCAGUAAUCCAGGAUCUAUAGGCUCUGCUUUAGCAAAUGUAUUAGAAGGGAAUAAUGAAGAUGAAUCAGCUCAUUUAACAUUAGUAUAUCCACCACCAGAUAUUAGAAAUUCACUUUUAGAAGAUGCUGCAUCAUUGAUUAUACAUCAUGUGAAACGUCAAUCCAAUGCAAGCAAAAAUGAUAAACGAUCCAUGAAAUGUUUAGUAAGAACUGUGCUACAAGAUAUCUUUAUGGCGAAUCGUUUUCCAAUGUCAGAUGAUGAAGACGAUGAGGAGGAUGAAGAUGAAGAUAUAGAUCCAAAACCGGAGGAUGAAGAGCCAAUCGAUGAGAUAGGCGAAAAUGAUGAUGGUUGUCGUAAUCGACCAGGACGAAAUUUUAAAUUAUCAAAACGUUUUCCUGAGUCCCGUAAACUACUAAUCCCAAGUGAAGAGACAGCAUCAUCAGUUGUUAUGGAUCAUUCUGAUGAAUCUGAUAUAACUCGUAAAGAUAAUGUGAAAAUGGAAACAGAACCGCUUAUUGUACAAACUGAUGAUUUAUCAUCGAACCGAUUAAAACCAGAUGAAACGAAUUUUCAUUCACCUGGAUUAUCUACACAAAACAUCUCCAUAUCUUGUCAUAAUAAUAAUAAUAAUAAUUUAGAAAAUUCCGUGAAUGAACUUCGUAAUACGGAACUUGGUUGUAUGUCGAAUUUACCUAAACAGGAGUACUAUUCUGUACUGUAUGGAAAUAAUCACUGGUAUGCAUUUUUAAGGCUUCAUCAUCUCCUUUUGUGCCGAUUGCAUCAUCUACGUACUCGUGGUGCAACAGCUGUUCAAGAAGCUGUUUCAGACAAAGAUGAAUAUCAUGUACAAGCGGCUGAAUUACUUCAUCUUCGUAGAUACGGUGGUACUGAUCCAUCGCAAUACUAUACUCAUGCUCUCAAUUUGGUUAAAGAUCUAUUGGAUGGCGGAGAAGAUAUAAACACCUAUGAGGAUAGAUUACGUGAUAUGUUUGGCAUACAUGCAUAUCCAUGGUUUACUAUGGAUCGUCUUAUAAUUAAUAUAGUCCGUCAAUUGCAAGCACUUACCAGUGGGGAUGAAUUAAGUCGUCGAUUGACAGCUUUACAUCGUUCUUGGGUCGGUAAUUCAGCCUACAAUGAUCGAGGCAUACAGUUGAAUAAUUCUGCGUCAAAUUUUCCUCAGUAUUCGGACGUUUGUGGUCCAUUGUAUACUCGUGUCUGCCGAUUGGCAAAUGAGAGUGCCUAUCAUUCUCAGGCUAUGGCUAUUUGUUCUUCUUUUGCUGGUACAAAUAGCUCUUGCAAUGUUGGUUCAGGUCCUGGAAAUUCAUAUUCAUCCAAUACAGCCGGACAAAGCAACACAAAUACUUUUAAUAAUAAUAAUGCUAAUAACAACAACAAUAAUGUUAAUAAUCCUAAUUCAUGGCCUAAUUGUUAUUUAAUUGUGGUACUCUCAGAGGCGUCUACUAUGCUUAUCCGUCUUAUGAAACCUGCUCAUCCAACGAAGUGUGAAUCGGAGAAAGGUCAUGAUGCAUGCUUCUAUUCUAAUCAUAUAAAUUUUAUUCCUUCAGACACGUCUAAUCCUUCAGAUCGUGAAUUUUUGCACAGAGAAAAAUUGAAAUCAGGUGUUUCUAUUCGUCAUUGGCAUGACUACCUUACAACACACCUUUCCUGGACUCUUGGAUAUGUUCCUCACAAUAUAUGUUCACGCAUUUUACCAGUAUUUUUAUAUCGUACUGUCCGUAGAUGUGUGAACGCUUUAACACGUACUGCACUUCAACGAAGACAACAGUUGGUAAUUCAAACAGGAGAUACACAACCUGAAGAAAUCUUAGCACAAGGAAUAGCCUCUACUGGUGAAAAGUUUACUGAGUCAGUAGGUAGUUCCGAGAACCAGGAACAGCGAUUCAAAUCUCCUAGUACAUCUAAUUUUGAAAGAGAUGUUUGGGAGUUUAUGAUCCGCGUUUUCAGAAAUGAUCUCACACAUAAAGAACUCUUCCGUAAUACCUUUUCAAGUGACUGCAUGCAUUCCACCGAACGUUUAGAUUCAAGAGUUACACGUAAUCAUAAAAUAAAUUGGUCUGUUGGUUCUUAUGGAAUAUUCGUUCGAUAUCCUAGACGACGGACUUGUCGAAGUUAUCCCGUAGAAAAAUGGCAUAAAUUUCAUGCUGAUUGGUUAGCAAAGCAUAUUGGCGGCUCUGAUAACAAUGAUGAUGAUGAUGAUGAUGUUGUCCAGCACAAAGAGGAGGAGCAUGAGGAGGCGGCGGCGGCGGAGGAGAAUGAAACAUUGAAUCCAGACGAUGGAGGAAUACAACACUCUGAAGCGCAAAAAUCGAAUGACAACGUUAUCGAGUCAGAGAAAUCACAGAAAAAAGAAUCAUUGACUGUAGAGGUGAAUAAUGAUAAUAAUCUGAUCAGUGGUGGUGCUGAAGUUGGUCAAAGUUCCUCAACUUGUGAAGAAGAAGAAGAAGAAGAGGAAGAGGGGGAAGAGGAAGGCGAAGAAGACGAUGACGAUGAUGGUGAGAGGGAGGACGAGGAGGAGGAGGAUGAAGACGAUGAUGGUGAUGAUGAUGAAGAAGAAGAAGGACAAAGAAAUCUCAUUGUAGAUGCAACUACAACAACUCCCGUGGAAUCAGAUACUUCAUUUUCUUCUUGAUAAAUUGUCUUCAUGAUAGGCUGUGUAUAUAUAUGUAUGUUUUCUUUUCCUUGUUUAUUUUUUGUCAUUAUUGAAUUUUAUUACGUGAUAUGUAUGCGUGUGUACAUAAAUUAAUAUCAAUGCAUAUAUACUUAUGUAUGAUGACUAUGACACCCCUUACUUUUAUGUUAUAUGUACUUGACGCAAUCUAUGGGGGUGUGUGUAUGUGUGUACCUUAUUUGUUUAUUUGUCACACAAUAAUUCUAUUUUCAUUUAAUGCAGUUAUCAUUGUUAUUAUUAUUGUUAUUUGACACGAUUUUUAUACAUACACACUGACUUGCUAAUUUCAGCUUGAAAGUUAGUUUUUUCUUUUCUUUUUGUUUUGUUUUGUUUUCUUUUUAUUUAUUUCUUUGGUAUUUUAUUUUGCUUUAUGAUACACUUGAAAGCUACUCACACCACCUGUUGUAUAUGUACACAUUAUUAUUGUUAUUUAUCUGACUGACAGAUGUAUAUGUAUAAACUUACCUACCUACCAGCCUACCUACCUACCUACCAACUGACCGACGGACCUACCAAUCAUCCCUCGUUUUCUCUCUCCCUCCCUCCUGCAUUAAUAUACUUGUUUGUAUAAGAUUUUAAUAUAUCCUCUAACCCUUUGUUUUAACACAUUAUCAUUAUUAUUAUUAUUCGUUCAAGUAUGUGUUGUAAUAAUAAUAAUAAUAUUAUUAUUAAUAUCCCUACCGUUAUUAUUAUUAUUAUCAUUACUAUUAUUUCCUAUCUUCAAUAUGUGCAUGUAUGCAUGCAUACUACUUACAAAUGGAUAUAUGACAAAUGUUGCAGCUAAAUAAUGAUAAUGCUGAUAUAAUAAUAAUAAUACUGAUGAUAAUCUUUUUCUGUGUAUCUGUAGUGUGUGUGUGAGUGCGUUGUUUGGCGGCUAUCUUAUCCUAUCCUAUCCUAUCCCCUCCAUCCGUCUAUCACGUCUGAAUCCUUCUGUUUUUACUGUUAUUAUUAUUAUUUUAUUUUAGAGAUUAUUGUGCAUAAUUUAGUUUUUUUUAUUCAUAUUUGCGAAGUAACACUUCUUCAGCCUUCUUUUGUUUGUUUGUUUUUUUGUUUCUCUUCUUCCUAAUUUUAUAUAUUAGUUAUCUAACUGUAUUCAUUAUUAAUUAAUUAAUUAAUUGUGACGCAAUCUGUUGUUCAAUGUUUUAUUCUCAUUAGUUUAUGUAUGUACGCAUGCAUGCAUGUCGGUUGUUUGGUUGGUUGGUUAUUUAGCCAACUGACGACUGCCUGCCUGCCUGCUUACACCUGCCUACCUACCUACCUUACCUUACCUUACCUACUUACAGUGUGUAUAAAGUUUUUUCUUUACUACCAAUUGAUGAAUUUGUUUAGUUUAAUCAAUUUUUUUUACUUGUUCUUGCUUAUUAUUACAAUUGAAUAUUUAUGCCGAUUUGAUGUGAAGGGGGAUUUGCCUGCUUAUAAAAGUUACGUCAUGGACUAGGCUUUAUAGUUUUAGGUAGGAAACCAGGGUGUUACUGGAC